CAGAAAGAUACACAAGAAACACAGGAGAGAAGAGACGCCUGAAUAACAAGAAGACUCAAGACUAAACAGAAGAAAGAUGCUGUGCUCUCAUGGAUUCCCAUCUGCCCUCAGUCCAUUCAUGGACUUCUCCUGGCCUGUACGCAGUCUGUGGCCAGAGGUCAGACCUCUGUUCUACCAGCAGCAUGUCAUGCAGAGAGACCUACAGGAGCUGCGCAGCAGUCUGCAGCUGAUGGACAAACUUCAACGCCAGAUCCUGGAGGACACAGAGCCUUUCAGGAACAGCGUGGCUCUGCAGCCAGUCUCCUACCAGCUGGACAAAGAGGGAGAGCACUUUGGCCUGACCCUGGACACUCAGGGCUUUUCUCCGGAAGAUCUGUCAGUCCGGCAGGUGGGCAGGAAGCUGAGAGUCAGCGGGAAGACGGAGAAGAAACAAGAGGAUGGGAAAGGCUCCUACUCUUACAGCCUGCAGGAGUUCAGACAGGAGUUUGAUCUGCCUGAAAGGGUGAACCAUGAAGACGUCAGCUGCCAUCUUUCUCCAGAUGGAAAGCUCCACAUCCAGGCAGCCAAAGUUCCUUGUAUCGAGGGGACAGAGAGAGAGCUGACUAUCAAGAGGAGCUCAGAGGAGGAACCACAGCAGAGUGUGUGUUCACAGGCAGAAGACAGCAGAGCAGAAACACAGAACGGAUCAUAGAACAAAUCUGAAAACAUGAACUCACAAACAUAUUGAUGUGUCAAUUUCAAUUUGUCAUUCUAUUAAUUAAGAGUGUAUUCAGCUUUUUUGUACAGUAAAAGGGUUUAUUUAAACAUAUUUUCAAAAAGUGGUUAAUGUUUUUUUUUUCCAUUUGUCGUCUACUAUCUUGAUCUUUAUAAUAAGAUGUUAUUUUCUAGAAAAUAUAAUAAAACUUCAAGCAUGUAAACAAAAUAGUUAAUGUUAACUUCAUCUUGAAUCAGGUAAAAGUAAAUGUCAACAAGUCGACUGUCUUAAAGAAACAUUUAAUACAAGUAAUUUGCUGAAAAAUGAAAAGAAAUGUUUGACGUCUCAACAUAAAAAUAGAUACAGAAAUGCAAAAUACCUAUAUCUUUGGUAUUCUGUUUUAGUAUGAACAUGCCUCCUGCUCUGUCUGUUUUCUUUUCCCAGUUGGGCAUGGUUGACAUUGCCACCAUUAAGAGAUUAUCUGUGCUCACCAGUAAUGAUUAUCAUUAUUUUGCAGCAACACACACACACACACACACACACACACCCCACACACACACACCUACACAUGCAUGCUUAUAUAGUAGUGAAAUUGGGGUGCACACUACACUUUGAAUGUAAAAAUCUCAAAUUAUUAAGAGUAAAUAAGGAAGUAAUCUUGAUAAAUUCCUAUUUACUGAAGUAAACUUGAGUUCUGGGCCAAUUUCUUGAAAUAAUUUUUUUAAGACAAUUGUCCAUCGAAGUUUUGAACACAAACUAGUUAAAAACAUUUCAGGAUGUUUGCUUAGUAUUAUGGCUUAGAAUUAAUCUAAAACCUAUAAAUAAAGUGCGCUAACAGCUCU